AUGGCUACGUUUAGAGUUCUAUGCGCUGUUACAGUGAUGAUAUCUUGUUGUGUCAUUAUGUAUCCACGAUUUGUGCACCCUUUUGUGCUGCAAAUACUGGGCAUGUCAGAGCUUCCGAAGACAAACGUUGACGAAAGUGUGUAUCCUCCUCACUACAGAACACAAAACCCAGAAAAGCACAAACCACAAGUUUCGCCUGAAGAUCCAAGGAAAAACACCAGAUCGGCCCCACAUCCAGGCCUAAGAGCCGCGGCAGACAUGCAGAAACAGACACAGGCAGGUUCUGGCCGCGGGAUGAUUGGCAUGGUUCUACCGAUGUAUGCAAUCGGCAUCAUUGUCUAUCUGUUGUACACAUUAUUUAAGGUAUUCAAUAAAUCUAAGAACAACAACUGGAACCGAGAGCGAGGUCAGGUUGGCAGCAGAAACAAGGCCAAUAACUCUCUUGAUAGAAUGGGUUUCCCGCUGACCUUGGACAGCGGUGGAGAUGUUCGCAGCUUUCUUCAGGACCAGCAGCAGAAGCAACAGCUGGAAGAUUUGCUGGCUCGAAUGGAUAACAAGAAUGUUUCACUGAGUGAAAUGAAACUUCUGCAGAAGCGUCUGGAAGAGACCGAGGCCCAGAUGUCCAGGAUUCUCCAGGCCAUGCAGAUGGUCCAGACAAAUGUGGAUCACAUGGGUGCCCCGGAGCAAGAGGAGCAACACCAGGUAACCUUUAGGGUACAUCUACAGUCAUGUCAGGUGGCAGCCAAAACACAACUGAACGACCUGAGUCCAGACGUGGAAAGUUACGAGUUAGUUGACAGACAGGGAGAGGUAGUUGAAGCUAAGGAUAAAGAAGAAAGAAAUAAUAAAAUCAGCAGAAAAGAAGGCCAAACGAAUAUUCAGAAACAAGGGGCUAUUGAAUCGAACUCUGAAUGUGUUAAACCACGCAGCCAAACUAGCAGAUUAUGUAAAGAAGUGGAUUUUGAUGAUAUCGAUAAAGACAGCGAGGAUGAUAUUGAAUGUGUAAGCGAAGAAGAGGAAGCAGAGGUAACCAGUCCAAAUGAAGAUAUUGAGAACAGCAAUGAAGAUGCCAGUGAGCAGACGGAAUGUCUGGAAUCAGGUGUAAGACAGAGGAGAAAAGCAGACGUGAAGUAA